AUGAGCCAAAUGGCGAGUCCUGCUGAGCGGAGACUUGAUCGUAUUUGCCGUCACUUCUGCCCGCCGCUCCAAAAACUUGACCAUGUGCUUCACCAGGCCGCGACGAGAGGUGGCCAAGAAAUUGACGAUGUAGCAAGAGACCCAGUAGUCAUAGGCGGGAUGGUGUUGGAUAUUCAUGCCAUUCCUUCCACCUCUCCACAACCCAGAACCACAACUCCGGGAAAGGUCCGUUAUGUGUUAGGAGGUGUGGGAAGGAACAUUGCAGAAUGCAUGUCAAAGCUUGGCACAAUGCCUUACAUGAUUAGUGCUGUGGGAGACGACAUUGCUGGGAACCUGCUGUUGGAGCAAUGGAAGUUAGCUGGCCUGUGCACUGAAGGGAUACGGAAACACCAGGAUAUCAACACGGCUGUAAUCUGCAACGUAUUUGACACUGAUGGAGAGUUGGCUGCUGCUGUUGCAAACGUGGAUGCACUAGAAAAUUUCCUGACCCCUGCUUGGAUUCAGCAGUGCAAGUCCAGUAUAUGUUCUGCUCCUAUACUGGUUGUGGAUGCGAACUUAAGUCCUAUUGCCUUAGAAGCUUCUUGCCAAGUGGCUGCUGAGUUCGAUGUACCUGUAUGGUUUGAGCCAGUGUCAGUAGCCAAGUCCACAAGAAUAUCCUCCAUUGCUAAGUAUGUAACUUUUGCUUCACCUAAUGAAGACGAGCUUGUUUCCAUGGCAAAUGCAGUUUCUGGUGGAAAUACUUUUCAUUUGGUCAAAAGGGAUGGCAACAGAAAGUACUCUGGAAAGUCAUUGUUUGACAAGUUGAAACCAGCUAUUUUGGUUUUGCUGGAGAACGGAAUUAAGAUGCUUGCUGUCACUGUUGGUGAAGAUGGACUCUUCCUUUGCUCUAAGAAUCCAGAUUUCCUUAAAUUUCGGUUGCAGAUAACUCAAAAUAGCAGAGUUGGUGAAUGGGUGUAUGAUACAUUGACAUCAACUUGUCCUCCUAGACCCGUUGCUGCAAUGCAAGUCGAGGGUAGCUCUCUUAUGUUUGCAAUGCAUUUUCCUGCACUUCCAGCAUCUGUUGUGAGACUCACUGGAGCUGGUGAUUGCAUGGUAGCUGGCACAGUUGCUUCCCUUUGUUCAGGCUUAGAUGUUCUGCAGAGUGUGGGAGUUGGCAUUGCAGCGGCCAAAGCUGCUAUUGAGGCGGAACCAAAUGUUCCUUCAAUCUUCAACUUGGCUGACAUUGCAGGUAAUGCAAAGCUAGCUUAUUGCAAUGCUAUAUCUUUGUGCCAUAUUGAGAAAUGA